AUGCUUAAACUCACAGGGAAAGGGCUGAUGGCUAUUGAGUGGUCCUUAAUUGGCAUCGCUCUUAUUCUUGGCCUCGCACGACUUGAUCUACGAUUCAAGCAUCACCAACAAGGAUUCAUUCUUAGAGACUUGUUCUAUUUAUUUGCGCUGGCGACCGCACUUACCAAUACCGCUAUUGACACGGCUUUAUGGCACCGCGGGAUAGGAGUCUUUGAGGAAGAUGUUGAUUUCGGGGUGGUACAGUGGCAGGCACCCAGGGAUAAUAUCAUUGCUGCUUUCAGACUAAGAGACAUAACAGUUUUUAUUCUUCCGUUAGCCUGCAUUAGCCGGUUACCGAUGUCCAGAGCGCAAAAGAUCAGCGCAGGCCUUACUUUUGGCCUCGGAUUUAUUAACAUUGGCAUUACCGUUAUGAGAUGGUUCAUCGUCCACUCACCGUUUGCGCCGUCGACCACUUUUGCCGUGGAU